ACAACAUACCUGACCUCCUAAGGAAAGCAGUACUUUCUUAAAAAUUUCAUCCCUGAGAGCUGCAACAAGGAGACAACAAUGAAGCCCAAAUCUCUCUCAACGAGGUUGUUUGACAGAAACGCAGGAGCGUCAGGUGAGAUGCUGAGUAUACGAGCAGCAAAGUAUCAACGACAUGUGGACUGUGUGGACCAUCCAGGGAGCCUGGAUCACACUGACGGCCAGCAAGUGGCAGAAGAUGGCAGACAAAAUGAGAAGGGCCACAGAGAAAUACACUUUGCCUUUCUGCCAGAGAGGUAUGAGCCACUGGUGGAUGAAGAGGCACAAGCUAAGGAAGAAGAAGAGAAGAAGAAAAGGAAGAAAGAAAAGUACAAAAAAGUAAAGAAGAAUGUUGGGAAGGCACUGCGCUCCACUUGGAAGUGUCUAAUGCUCGGUUUGUACAAUUUUGCCCUCGGCUAUUCUACUCCGAUCACGGUGGCAGCUACCUUUGUCCCUGACUUCCACCCAGGGAGAAACAGGACCUGAGCUGAGACACAUGCACCAAUGGACACUGACCAAAGGCUAUUUAGCAUGUUUAUAUUGUUUUUGUACUUGACUUUGUAACCAAAAAUUGAUCCAUAUUGUUGAAGGCAACUAACAUUUGUCUUUUUUAAAUAGUUGAUCUUAUUGAUUCUAACAUUUUUUAAAAUUUUGACACUAACGAUGUUGUAGAAAUUGUACAGUGUGAGGAUCACAAAAUUAUUUUUUAUGCCUAGAACAAUGAAUGCGCUCUUUAAACCUAAAUUAUAUAUUGCUUGUCCAUGUAUUAAUCCCUACUGACACUGAAAAUAUGAUGUGCCUUGGAAAAUGUUUUAUAUCAAGCAUCAAGCCGGUGUUAACAUGUGUGCAGAAGAGGAAUGUGGGAAUGUGGUCCUACUGCAGGACAGGCAUGACAGGAAUAUUAACUAUAGCUAUAGAUGAGGUGAAUAGGGGCAGAUGCCUCUCAAAGGGAUUUACAGUUAGGAAAGACUUAACAGGCAAGUGAAAAGACGUGUAAAUCAAGGCUGUAAGACAAAGACAGGAACAUGUGAGUCUUGCCAUGAGAAUCCAGGCUGGCCUCUCAUCUCACAGUGGAGCAACUGGACUACAGAUCUCAAGAGUAUUUCUCAAAUUGUCUAAGCUUUGCUAUAAGAUCAACAACAGACUAUGGAUCCUUCAAGGUAAUGAUGAUUAAGAGGCUACAUCAGAGGCAGGCAAAAGUUUAAGAGGAUUCACUGUCUGGGACAUAAAUAAUGGUGUGACUUUUGAAGGUUGACCCAAACCUGAGUGUUUCUCUAGACAUGGAAGCUUGUUCAAUUGUGAGUCAUGAUAUGUGUGAGCUGGAGUGUAAUAAA